AUGCAGGCGGCUCUCCCUCCACCGCCGCCGGCCCCUCUGCCCGCCUUCCUCCAGGCCGCGCUUGCGGAGCUAGAGGCCGAGGAUUCGCUGCUGGUGCUCGCCAAGGGCCUCGGCGUGCACGCCGUCCUGCGGCGGCUCGUCGAGUCGCAGCUCGGCCCGGAGAACCUCGUGCUCGUCCUGAAUACGAGCCGCGACGACGAGGCGCUCCUGCUCUCCGAGCUGGCUGCGGCGGGCCACGAUGAGGCGCUGGUGCCACCGACAAUCAACAACGAGUGGUCGGCGCCUCAGCGCGCCGAGCGGUACCUGCGCGGCGGCGUCCUGCUCGUGACGGCGCGGAUCCUCGUCGUGGACAUGCUCUGUGAGCGGCUGCCGACCGGGCUCGUGACGGGCGUCAUCGUCGCCAACGCGCACCGCGUGACGGCAACCUCGAACGUCGCCUUUGCUCUGCGCAUGUACCGCCAGCGCACGCGCGCCGGCUCCAUCCGCGCGCUCUCCGACGACGCCGCGCCGCUGCUGCGCGGCUAUUCUCGCAUCGAGCGGCUGCUCUCGACCCUCUUCGUGCGGAGGCUGCUGCUCUGGCCUCGCUUCCGCGCAGAGGUGGCCGCCUGCCUGAGUGCGGCGCCGCCCGAGGUGGAGGAGCUGUCGGUCCCGCUCUCUCCGCGAGCGAGUCGCCUGCAGCUGGCGCUGCUCGAGGCGCUCGAGGCUUGCGUCGGGGAGCUGCGCUCUUCGAACCCUUCCGUCGACGCGCUCUUCAAGUCCUUCGACAGCGUCGUCCGCGCGCAGCUCGACCCGAUCUGGCACAAGACAAGCCGCCGCACACGCGCCCUCGUCUCCGACUUGCAGACCAUCCGGCGGCUGCCCUCGCUUCUCGUCACCUUCUUCGAGUACCUCGAGACCGUCCUCGACGCCGCCACGGCGCUGCACCCGUCGGAGCGACCUCACUGGGCCGUCUUCGUCGCGGCGCGCGAGCGCGUCUACUCGCUGCAGCGCACGCAGCCGCUGCUGCGCGUCCGGCGCGGCGGCGCGGUGCGUCUCGAGCUUGAGGAGCACCCGAAGUGGAGCGCUCUGCUGCAGCUGCUGCGAGAGAUCGCCUCGGAGCGCGCCGGCGGCACCACCAGCGCACACGGCGGCGGCACCACCAGCGCAGACCGCGAGCCGCCGGUGCUGCUGCUCGUCCGAGAUGCACGCACUGCGGUCGCGGUGCGGCAGCUGCUGAGCUACGGCGCUCGCCCCCUCCUCGAGGCUGCGUCCGUUUACAGAGGCCACUCUCGUGCGUUGGGUGGGCCGCCGCUCUCGCUCGCAGACGCCGGCGGGCUGCCUGCUCUCGAGGAAGUCGCCCUCGUGCAGCACGGAGGGCGCGCCUUCGGCCUCCUCUCGUCCCUCGCGCCGCGGCACGUGCUGCUCUACGACCCCGAGCCGGCGAUGGUCCGAGCGAUCGAGCUCGAGCAGGCGCGGCGAUGCGGCGGCGUGUGUAUGCGAGUGCUUGCCGAUUCUGUCGAGGAGCAAGGCUACCGCUCCGACCUCACCGCGGAGAAGGAGGCCUUCGAGGGGCUCAUCCUCGCAAAGGGGCGGAUGGCGCUGCCCUCGGAGUGGGAGGGCCGCACGGCGCAGCAGCUGCCGCCCCAGCUCCGCCUCGAGGAGGAGGCGAGUGCAGGCAGCAACGCGGCGACGCUGCGCGGAGGCCGCGCUCGCGCCUCCUCCUCUCGAGGUGCCCCGACAGCCGUGGUGGAUUUGCGCGAGUUCCGCUCGGCGCUGCCCAACAUGCUGCAGCUGCACGGCGUGACGCUGCGGCCGGCGACGCUCGAGGCGGGGAGGGACGGCUGCCGCGGCGAGGCGCUGCUCACGGUGCGGCGGUGUGAGCAGGCGACGCUCGAGGUCGGUGACUACGUCCUUGCCCCCGACCUCGUGGUCGAGCGCAAGGCCCUCCCCGACCUGGUGCAAUCGCUCGCCUCGGGCCGACUCUACAACCAGGCGGAGGCGAUGCUGCGCACGGGCAGCGCCGUGCGCAGGCCGACCCUCCUCCUCGAGUUCGACGAGAACCGGCCGCGCGCCGAGCUCGCCGCCGAUCUCUCUCCCAACUCGACCACCUCCAAGCUGUGCUUGCUGCUGCUCCACUUCCCAAAGCUGCGGCUGCUCUGGUCGCGCCGCCCCCUGCACACGAUCGCCAUCUUUGACGCGCUCAAGCGCGGCGCGCCCGAACCCGACGUCGACAAGGCGGCGGCGGUCGGCACUCACGCCGAGCAAGCUGCGGGCCAGCUCUUCAACAUGACGCCGCAGGACUUGCUGCGCUCGAUGCCGGGCGUGCACGCGCACAAUUACCGCCGGCUGAUGAACGCGGUAACCAACAUGCACGAGCUCUCGCAGCUGUCGCUCGGCCGCUUGGCGGAGCUGCUCGGCGAGCAAAACGCCAGGCGGCUCCACACGUUCCUCCACCAGUCGGCAUGAGCGAGCCCGAGCGCAAACACUGCCAGAUCAAUUCAGCACCACUACGGCGGUACGUUACU